AUGACCAAGAACAAAAUCACCCCUAAGACGAUUGAGCAUUAUCGAAAAAUCAGUAAUAUAGACAACUAUCCAUUUGUUAAUAAGGAUGUAGAAACUUUAAAGGAAUUCUUUAUGGGUGAAAAAAUAAAUAAAUUUGUCUUUUUUUUGGUUAAAACAUGUACAAUUGUUAUCCUAAUAUCAACAUGGCCAUAUUCCGAUGAAGCUAAUGUAACUACAACUUUUGGUAAAACAUGGUUUAACAGAACCAACCUAAAUGCAUUAGAUACAAGGUCGAGUAGAUUUCUAAAUGGAGAAGAAAACAUAAACAACCAACGAAAAUAUGAAGUUCAUAGUGAUAUUGUAAAAGACAACUUGAAAUGGAAUUAUAAUUAUUCUGAAAGAAGUGCACAUGAAUCAUUUAAUAAUAACAAUUUUGAAAAACAUUUAGGCCAUUCAGAAUAUCACAAUAAUAAUUAUGAUAGAAAUGCUAAUGUUCUAGCUAAUGAAAACAACAAUAAUAACAAUAAUGAUGAAGAAACUUAUGAUAAAUCAAAUUAUGCUGGUAAUUCCGGUGAAAAACAUGAGCAAUUAAAAGACAACAAUAAUAUGGGGAAAAGGAUCGACCCGAUGGAUCACUACAAUAAUUUUAAGGAAAAUUUGGAUGAGGAACUACUUGACGAUGGUUUUAGACGUGAGUACAAGCCACAAAAUAUUAUUGAAAGAAAUUCUAAAAAUGAAUCUAAUCAAAAUCAUAGUUCUAUUAUGAACGAUAAGGAAUCACCCGCUUCUACACGUUCUGAUAAGAAUGCUACAAAAUCUCAUAGUUCAGAUGAGGAUGAUGAGGACUCCGAAGAACUACAUGCAGCGUUAGAACAUUAUAAUACUUUUAAAGAAGGAGUUACUGAAAGCAAACUUGAUGAUGAUUUUGACAAUUAUGAAUCAUCAAAAGUUGGUAGGAAUGCAAAUGCACACGUUGGAAAUUUUAAAAAUGAAAAUAAAAUAAACACAAUGCGUGAUGAAUUAGAAAAUGAUAGAAGAAUGAUCAACAGGGAUAAUUUAGAAGAAAGGAAAGGUGCCACUGAUAACACUCAGUUUAAGAGAGAAAAAGGUUACAACAAUUAUAAUGAAGAAAAAGAAGAUGAUUCAGAAGAUGAUGAAAUUUCAGAGAGAACAGAGAAAUCAUUAGAAUAUUACAAUAAUUUUAAAGAAAAGUAUAAUGAAACAAGGUUGGAUGACGAUUUUGAAAAGGCACAAUUAUCAUCCAAACAUGGUCAUCGUGGGAACGGGAGAGUUGAUCAUAUGAAACCAAAUUAUAAUGAAAACAAUGAAUAUAAUAAUAAAUUAAAGGAUGAUAAAAUGAACGAUAACAUACAUUUUGAAAAAUAUGGACGUAACAAUAGAUCAAGUGGACCAUCUGGGUCACCAGCUGUUAAUAGCAAUUUUUCUAUGCAGAAUACAUUAAAACAUGGUGAUAACCCGCACAGACAUAGUGGUGCACAUGGAAAUGGAAACUAUGGCAAAAAUUAUGGAAUGUUAAAAGGUGAUGAAAAUAGAAACAAAGGGUUUCAUCAAGCUAAUAACGACCAUGAUAAUGAAGAGAAUGAUAAUGAUAACCAAGAUGAGCACGAUUUUGAACAAAAUUUUGAUGAUUUACAAAAAAAUAAAAAUACCCCCAGCAGAAUUAAUGCAUUGGAAUAUUACAAUAAUUUUAAGGUACAAGUUAAUAAAGAACAACUUGACGCUGAUUUUGAAAAGGGAUAUAUAUUAGCAAAGCCUAGCCAUGAUGGAAAGAGCCAUUUUGAUAAAUUUAACACUGAUGACAAAAUGGAAAAAGGUUUUGGUAACUUCAAGGGUGGUGAUCCUAGUAAGAACAUCCCGCAUGGUGCAUUAAAUGUGGAUUCAAAGGGUGGUUACAAAAAAGGUGAUAAUUUCCCCUCUAAUAAAGACACCUUAGGAAAAAAGUUUGACAAAUAUAAGGAUGGUGAUGCUAAUUUUAAAAACCUUCAUGGCUCCUUAAUGCGUAUUGUCAAUAUGGACAAGCGUUUUGAUAAUAUUUAUCAUGAUGAUUAUAACCCAAAACAUAACCCAUCAAGAAAUGAUAGGGACGACAACCGUGUGACGAAGCAAUAUUCUGAUGAAAACCUUGAUGAUGAAUUUGAGGAUUAUUUUAUAGAACGCGAAGAAAAUAGUGGCACAAACGAACGAGCUGAUGCAUUGAAACACCACAAAAAUUUUAAAGAACAAAUUGAAGCAGACAAAAUUGACGACGCUUUUCUAAAUCGUCUUGCGGCUUUAAGAGACCAUGAUUAUUCAAAAAAAAGUGUGAAUCCAUUCACAAGUGAUAUGAACGCUAAGAAUAAUUUUGCUGAAUUCACAGGUUCGAAUAACAAGAAUAAAAAUUUUAAUCGAUUUAGAGAUAGUGAUGAUACAUAUAAUGAAUUUGAUAAACGGAUGAAUAAAGAACAACACAACGCAAAUGUUAAUAAAUUAGGGAAUAAUAAUGUAAAUUCAAAACCAAUGCAUGAUGAUUUAAGCUUAGUUGAUGAUGCUGUCAUGGAGAAACAAUUUGAUAUGAUCCAAAAUAAUAAGAAUUCAGAAAGACGAGCUGGUGCAUUGAGACACUACAAAAACUUUAAAGGAAAAGUUAAUAAGAGUGAACUUGACGGUAACUUUGAAAGGGGAUAUACAAGAUUAAGUAAUCAGGAUACUUUUAAAGGUGGCAACAAAAAUUCUAACAGAAAAUUUGAUAAAUUUAAUAAUGAUGAUAAUAUAAACAAAGGACAUAAUGGAUUAAGAAUGAAUCCAAACCAUCAUGAUAAUCGAUACAGUAUUAAGCCCCAAAAUAACGGGAGUAAUCUCCAAUCCCCAUUUGAAGUAUUGAGAAACUCCGGGAGUAAUCCCCAACACCAUUUUCAUGCUUUGAGACACAAUGGAAAUAACAGCCAAAACACAUUUGAUGUAUUGAAAAGAGAAAAAAAUAAUCUUAAUGAAAAUUUCGAUAAAUUCAACAAUAUUCAUAAAUUUGGAAAGCAAAUGGACACUUCAAAGCUUUUUGAAAAGAGCGAUAAGGAACAACCAGAUGAAUUAAAAAGGGGUGAACAUGUAAAAAAACGUGAACCUCAGGGCAGCAAUGAUUAUGAUGAUGAGGAUGAUGAUGAAGAUGAGGACGAAGAUGAUGACGAAGAUUAUGACGAAGAUGAUGACGAAGAUGACGAUGACAAGCAUGAUGACAAGAAAUAUGAUGGUGAUAGACGUAGUGGUGAUAGAAAUGAUGGUUAUAGACGUGGUGGUGAUAGAAAUGAUGGUGAUAGGCGUGAUGGUGAUAGACAUUAUGGUGAUAGACAUGAUGAUAGACAUUAUGGUAAUAGACCUGAUGGUGAUAGAAAUGAUGGUGAUAGAAAUGAUGGUGAUAGAAAUGAUGGUGAUAGAAAUGAUGGUGAUAGACAUUAUGGUAAUAGGCAUGAUGAUAGACAUUAUGGUAAUAGACAUGAUGCUGACAAAUAUUAUGGUAAUAGACAUGAUGCUGACAAAUAUUAUGGCGAUAAAUAUGAUAGCGACCAAUAUUAUGGUGACAAAUAUGAUGACAAGAAAUAUAAUAGGGAUCAAUAUUAUGGUGAUAAACAUGAUGCUGAAAAAUAUUAUGGCGAUAAAUAUGAAAGCGACCAAUAUUAUGGUGAUAAAUAUGAUGACAAGAAACAUGAUAGGGACCAAUAUUAUGGCUAUAAAUAUGAUGAAAAGAAACAUGACAAUGCCGGAUAUGAUGACAAUCACAAAAAUAAAUCAGAAGAGAACGAAAAUAAUAGGGAACCUCAUGAGUUAAAAAAUUCUGAUGAGGGUGUGGAUAUAACGAAGAAGAUAUUGGAAGGUGCAGAAAAUGCUAAUGAACAAUUAGAUGAAGCUCUAAAAGACGCUACAAAUGCUAACGAACAAGGAGAUGACACUUUAAAAAAUGCUGCAAAUACUAAUGAACAAUUAGAUGAAGCUCUAAAAGACGCUACAAAUGCUAACGAACAAGGAGAUGACACUUUAAAAGACGCUGCAAAUACUAACGAAGAAGUGGAUGAUACUUUAAAAGAUACUUCGAAUACUAACGAAGAAGUGGGUGAUACUUUAAAAGAUGCUACAAAUGCUAACGAACAAGGAGAUGACACUUUAAAAGACGCUGCAAAUACUAACGAAGAAGUGGAUGAUACUUUAAAAGAUACUUCGAAUACUAACGAACAAGUGGGUGAUACUUUAAAAGAUGCUGCGAAUAUAGAGGAAGAAGCUGAUGAUACAUUAAAAGAUACUGUUAAUUCUAAUGAACAAUUAUAUGAUAAAUUGAAAGAGGGUGAAGGUUCUAGAGAAAAGCUUAAUGAAUUAAAAAAUUAUAUACAGCACAAGAAAAACUUUAAUAUAAUAAAAGACAACUGGAUGGGAAAGAAACAGACAGAUGAAUAUGAGGAAGACGAAUAUGAGGACGAUGAGUAUGAAGAUGAUUAUGAAGAAAGUGAAUAUGAACGUGAUGAAAAAGAACAUUAUUAUGAAAAGGGUGAAAGUGAAGAUUAUAAUGAAGACGAUAAAAGUUAUCAAAAUUAUAAAAAACAAGUAGGUAAAUUUAAGACUGAUAAUGAGAAUAAAAAAUCUAAUAAAAAUAUAGAAACCCAAGAUAUAGAUAACCGAAAAUACAUUAAGUUGAAUGAUGAUGAUGAUAAAGUUAGCAAUGCAUCCUAUGCAUCAAAAAAAAGUGGUGAUCAAGUUAACAAAAAAUUUGGUAAAUUAGAAGAUGAUGACAAGGAUAGCAAUGCAUCCGAUGCUUCAAAAAAAAGUGGUGAUCAAGUUAACAAAAAAUUUGGUAAAUUAGAAGAUGAUGACAAGGCAAGCAAUGCAUCCGAUGCUUCAAAAAAAAGUGGUGAUAAAAAUAACAAAAAAUUUGGUAAAUUAGAAGAUGAUGACAAGGCAAGCAAUGCAUCCGAUGCUUCAAAAAAAAGUGGUGAUAAAAAUAAUAAAAAAAUUCGUAAAUUAUAUGAUAAUUUUGAUUAUAGAUCUAUAACUAAUAGCCUAAAAAAGAUUGAUGAUAAUUAUAAGAAACGGGCUGAUGCAUUAAUUUGGAACACUAAUUGCCAGAAUAUACUACUGAAUGCAAUACAGCUCACUGAUGAUUUCAAAAAACAUUUUAAUACCUUGAAAAAUGCUACCACUUCAGACAAAAGAUAUGAGGCAAGAAAACAUUAUCAGGACUUUAAAAAGAAUGUUAAGAUUUCAAUGCUUGACAAUGAUUUUAUGAAUGGAAUAAAUAGAUUAAAGACUCGUAGUAAUAUUAUGAAACUACCAAAUGAAAUAAAAAAAAAUGAAAAUGGAAAUAAAAAAGUGGAUAGUGUAAGAGAUGAUGAAAAUGUGAACAAAAAUCAUGAUAAAUCGAAAAACGAUUAUAAUGUUGAUAAACAUGUAGGUGUACCACAGAAUAAUGCUGGUUAUACUGAAGGAAAGAAUAAUGAUAAGAGAGAUGGUGAUUUUAAAAAUGGUUACAAUGCAACAAGUGAUGGCGACUUUGACAAUAAGCCUGAUAAAUUAAGAUUUGAUAGCAGGAAUAAGAAAACGUUUGAUAAGACAAAAGAUGAUGAUGAUGAUGAAGAAGAAAACGAAGAAGACGAAGGUGACGAUAAUGAUAAUUAUAAUACUAGGAACCCGUUUAUUGUAUUAAAAGAAAAUGAAAAGGAAAAGGGAAAAUCUCUUAAGUCGAAAGAUGCCUCUGGUUAUGAUUACUCAAAAAAUCCAUUUUCUGUAUUAAAAGAUAAUGAAAAGCCUAAGAAAAAAAAUUAUAAAUCUAAAAGUGAUUCUGAUCAUAAUGAUUCUAGAAAUUCAUUUUCUGCAUUAAAAGAUAAUGAAAAGCCAAAGAAAAAAAAUUAUAAAUCUAAAAGUGAUUCUGAUCACUAUGAUUCUAGAAAUUCAUUUUCUGCAUUAAAAGAUAAUGAAAAGCCUAAGAAAAAAAAUUAUAAAUCUAAAAGUGAUUCUGAUUACUAUGAUUCUAGAAAUUCAUUUGUUGAAUUAAAACGUGAUCAGAGGAUCAAGAAAGGUUUUGGCCGAGACGUCGAUGAUGAUAAUUACUAUUCUGAUUAUAAAAAAACAUCUACUACAUUUAAAAAUGAAUAUGAUGAUGAUGAUGAUAAGCAAAAUCAGAAAAAACAAGAAAAUUUUUAUAACAAGUAUUCUUCAGAACCCUCUAAGGUAAGAAAAGUUUAUGAUGAUGAUUCUGUUUCUGAGAAAGACUUUAAUGAUGCAAAAAAUGAAGAAAAAGAAUUGGAAAAAGAAAACCAAAUAAAAAAAGAUGAAAAAGAAAGCGAAAAAAAAGAAAAGGAAAAAGAAGAAGAUGAACAACAAGAAGAACAAGAAGUAGAAAAGGAAAUAGAAAAGGAAGUAGUAAAUGAAGUAGAAAAGGAAGUAGUAAAUGAGGUAGGAAAUGGAGAAGGAAAUGAAGUAGAAAAGGAAGUAGAAGAGGAAGUAGGAAAUGAAACAGGAAAUGAAGUAGGAAAUGAAGUAGGAAAUGAAAUAGGAAAUGAAGAAGGAAAUGAAGAAGGAAAAGAAAACAAAACAGAAAAAACAAAUAAAGAUGAAGACGAUUAUGACCCCGAAAAGCCUUCUGAUACAUUAGAAGACAAAGAAAAGUCUGAAAACAUAUUGAAUACAUUAAAAUGUAAUCAGGAAAAUGUUGAAGGUAUUCAUGAUGAAUUAGGUGAUACAUAUGACAUCGAUAAGAGAUAUCGUUCAUUAGAACAUAAUAAAGAAGAUUUCGAUAACUUAUAUCAUGAAUUAAAAUAUAACAGUCAAGAAUUUGAUAAACUUUAUAACAACGUGAAAGAUUAUGAUAAAGUUGAUGAAGAAUCGCCCAAUAAAAUAAAAGACAAAGAUGAUAAUGUUUCUGUUAAAUCAUCUGAUAUUUCAGAUAAUGAUGCUGGCUCAGUGAAGUCAUAUGAUGAGUCAGAAAAGGAUGAUGACUCGGUGAAAUCAUCUCAUGAUGUAAGACGUAAAAAGUACACACAUAAAAAAUCUGACGUAUUAAGAACUAAAAAUUAUCAUAUGGAAAAGUCCGAAAAUAUUAGAUGCAAUGAGCAAUUGUUAUCAAAACAAGGUUUCACCAGACGUAAUGGAAAUAGUAAUAAUCGAAAUGAUAAAGUAAACAAUAAUAAUGAAAAUAAAGAUAAAAACAUUAAUGUAGAAAAAAAAAAUAAUAUGAAUCAUUUAAAAUUAACUGGUACGCCUAAUGAUAAAAGAUUACCUCCACAAAAGGAAUCACAAGGCAUUUCGUUUAAAGAGAAGUUUAAAAAUAAAAAUAAAAUUUUUUCAAAGGCUUAUAAGCUUUUAAAAAUAGCAGAUUUCAAGUUUGAAUUAGAAAUGAUGUAUUCAAUGAAAGCAGUUAUAACGAGUGACGCUUUCUUGAUCAAACCUGAAACAAAAGCAAAUAAAGCAUUAUUUCUUAUGAAAAAAUAUAAAAUACUUACGCCAAUUUUGUUAACCUUGAUAUUUUUAAUAAUAUUUUCUAUAGCUGCAUUCGACAAGAUAGCCAUGGGUUUUGUUUUCGUGCUUAUAGGAAUGAUAAUUUACUAUAAUGUAAAAUUAUUUAAGUGUCGUAAAAUGAACAAAGUUUUUAAGAAAUUUUGCGAGGAUAACAAAUUUAAAUUAAAAUAA